CGGGGGCGGCUCCUUCCCGGCAGCGCCGGCCCUGACGGGAACGGGGCCCGGGUGGGAGGAGAGGUUCCAGCAGUACGGCUUGCAGGCUGCAGGGGCUGGGGCCGAGAGAUACCUCCGCAGUCUCUGCACACCCUUCCCUCGUGUGUCAAGAGAGGUCUGCAUGAGAUGUAAAACAAGGACCUGGAAUCAGCAUAUGUGCUACAAGCUCCGUUCCUGUCUUACAUUGCAAAGCCAUAAGAUGGACCAUGGAUCAGUGCUUGGUUGUUGACAGAAGAGCUGAUAAGGGAAAAUCUGAAGCUUCAUGGACUUUUUAGUCAGGAACUGAGCAUUGAAUUUGUGGGAGAAGACAAACAAACCAUCAAAGCUCUCCUCAAAGACCCAGUGUGGCAGAGCAAGAACUUCUGAAGUGGAAUGGAUGGGGGUAUAAUGACUCAAAAUUCAUAUUCAAUAAGAAGGGUCAAGCAGAAUUUACAGGAAAAAGGUACAGAUUAGGUGGUAUGGUAUUGCCAACUUUUAAGGAAUGGAUAGAAAAAACCUUUGGAGCAAGUCUGGAGCACAAAACUACCUCUAGAGCGUCCUUAAAUGUUAAUGAUGUACCUCCAUCCAUUGUAAAUGAAGAAUUUCUUCAGGAUCUUAGAGCCACUAAUAUCUCAUAUUCACAGGAUGCAGAAGAUAGGGUAUUCAGAGCUCAUGGUCACUGCCUACAUGAGAUAUUUGUUCUCAGGGAAGGAAUGUUUAAGAGAAUUCCUGAUAUAGUUGUAUGGCCUGUUUGCCAUGAAGAUGUAGUUAAAAUUGUGGAAUUAGCAUGUAAACAUAAUCUCUGCAUAAUACCAUUUGGUGGGGGAACAAGUGUCUCUAGUGCCCUUGAAUGCCCUGAAGAAGAAAAAAGAACAAUUGUCUCACUGGAUACAUCGCAAAUGAAUCGGAUUCUCUGGAUAGAUGAGAAAAACUUAACAGCGUGUGUGGAAGCUGGCAUUGUUGGACAAGAUUUGGAAAAACAGCUUGGUGAAAGUGGCUUCUGUACAGGCCAUGAACCAGACUCCAUGGAGUUCAGUUCACUAGGAGGAUGGGUAGCAACACGAGCAUCAGGCAUGAAGAAAAACAUCUAUGGAAACAUUGAAGAUCUGGUGAUUCAUAUAAAAAUGGUAACUCCCAGAGGAAUAGUUGAAAAAAACUGUCAAGUACCUCGCAUGUCAACAGGACCCGAUAUCCAUCACUUCAUUAUGGGAUCUGAAGGAACGUUGGGAGUGGUCACUGAAGUUACAAUAAAGAUUCGCCCACUCCCUGAAUACCAGAAGUAUGGCUCUGUGGUCUUCCCCAACUUUGAACGAGGGGUGGCCUGCUUGAGGGAAGUGGCAAAGCAGAGAUGUGCUCCUGCAUCAAUUCGCCUUGUUGACAAUGCACAGUUUCAGUUUGGUCAUGCUCUUAAACCACAAGUUGCUUCCAUUUUUACAUCAUUUUUGGAUGGACUGAAAAAAUUCUACAUCACAAAGUUUAAAGGAUUUGAUCCCAACAUAUUGUGCGUAGCUACCUUGCUCUUCGAGGGUGACAGAGAGAAGGUUCUUCAGCAUGAAAAACAAGUCUAUGACAUUGCCACCAAGUUUGGUGGCUUGGCAGCUGGAGAAGAUAACGGACAGAGAGGAUAUAUGCUGACGUUUGUCAUUGCUUACAUUCGGGACCUGGGCCUGGAUUACUAUGUAAUAGGAGAAUCAUUUGAGACAUCUGUUCCUUGGGAUAGAGUUUUAGACCUCUGUAGGAACGUAAAGGAAAGGAUAGUAAGAGAAUGCAAAGAAAAGGGUGUUCAGUUUGCUCCCUUUUCCACCUGCAGGGUCACACAAACUUAUGAUGCGGGUGCAUGUGUCUACUUCUACUUCGCCUUUAACUACAGAGGAAUUAGUGAUCCUAUUCAUGUCUAUGAAGAAAUUGAGAGGGCUGCUAGAGAAGAAAUACUUGCCAAUGGAGGAAGUUUGUCACAUCACCAUGGAGUAGGCAAAUUGCGGAAGCGCUGGAUGAAGGAGAGCAUCUCUGAUGUUGGCCUGGGAAUGCUGAGAUCUGUUAAAGAAUAUGUGGACCCCAGUAACAUCUUUGGAAACAAGAAUCUUUUAUAAAACCCUGCACAAUAUGAUGUACUAAAACUUCUUCAAAAUUACUGUUGAAAUUCCGCCACUUUCAUUGUACUGAUAUCCCAGUAAUCAAAUAUAACAUAGCCUAAACUUUAAAACUAGUAUCUUACAUUGAUUUUGCCACCCCCUCCCCCCAAUAAAGUGUAAACAUCACUGUUAA